GCAUGUCAUGUUCGCUGCAGAUAUUCUUCCUUCAGCGAAGCGCUGCCUGUAAGAAUCCAGACGCUGUGUGUUUGGACACUGACAGCGAAGGCAGCCUAUUUCACAUACAUGUACACAACCUGCUAUUUGAUUCAAACCGACUAAAGAUUAUCCUCCACCUCCGCGGCGUUUUAGCGGACAUUCGGAGAAACAAAAAACAAGCCGCUGGCAGACCGACUACAGACGGAUGCAAUUCCCAGCAGCAGUGGCGAGUUAGAUGGAGAAACAGAGGGUGGACGAGUCGCUGUCGUAAAUAAUUAAAUAUCCAGGCAUCUGUUGAAGCUAAAAGAAGGGGAAAAUGCAUCUCCACCAGGUGCUAACGGGAGCUGUGAACCCCGGUGACUGCUGCUAUUCUGUGGGGAGCGUCAACGACAUUCCUUUCACCGCCUAUGGUUCAGGCUGUGAUAUAGUGAUCUUGGCCAGUGAUUUUGAGUGUGUUCAGAUCAUCCCUGGGGCUCAAAAUGGCAACAUCCAGGUGGGCUGUGUCGAGUGCUCCCACCAACUGGGCAGGAUUGCAGCGUCCUAUGGGAACACAGUGUGUAUCUUUGAACCAUUCUCUACCAACCCAAACAAACGCCACAAGCAGCUUAACUACCAGUGGAGAAAGACAGGACAGUUCUUCCUAAAUGCUAUCACCUAUAACCUGGCCUGGGACCCACAAGGGAACCGUAUUCUGGCAGCUACAGAGCACCUGCAGCUGUGGGCCCCUCCGUCAGCAGACACACUGAUAGAGGAGGAGGAUGGACCCGUGACCGAUGACAAACCUCACCCUGCCCUCAACGACUGGAAGUGUGUUUGGCAGUGCAAGACUGCUAUGUCUGUUCACAUCACCAAGUGGUCUCCUGAUGGGGAAUACUUUGCAACAGCCGGCAAGGAUGACUGUCUGUUGAAGGUGUGGUACCCCACCACUGGGUGGCGCUCUGCUGUGGUGCUGCCAGACCUCCCAGAUAAGAAAGGCCCUCAGGUCCACUUCUCCUUUAUAUACCUGGCCCACCCCCGCUCUGUCACCGGCCUGUCCUGGAGGAAGACCAGCAAAUACAUGCCCAAGGGUAGUGUGUGUAAUGUGUUGUUGACGUCGUGUGAGGACGGUGUGUGUAGGUUGUGGUCUGAGACGGUGCUGCCAGAGGACAGUAUCCUGGGUGGUCAGAUCACUGAGAACACAUACAGCUCCAGCCUGCCAGGCCUGGGGGGCAAGGACAAGAUACAGCACGCCCUGGAGUCGAUGAGCCACCUGAAGCACCUGCGUCGUGGUCGUCGGAGGUCGUCUGCUCUGGUGUCUCACACUGAGUUGCUGCCGUCUCAGAUGGGGACCCACGAGACACACACACACCGCCACAUCUCUCACCACGCUAACACUCUCUGUCAUUUCCACAUCUCUGCCAGCAUCAACCCUGCCACGGACAUCCCAGCGGUGCUAGCGGAGUCUGCCGUGUUUACUCCGGAGGACGGGAGUGGAGGAGGAGGGUUUGUGGUCCACUGGCUCAACAACAAGGACCUGUCCUUCACCACCUCCAUGGACCUGUUCAUGCUGCAGCUCCGCAAGCUCUCAGAACAGCAGCUGGACCAAGCCACUGACGACGCCCUCGACCAGAACGGCUCCCCCAUUAAGUUUGACUUUGACCUAGAUGAGAUGUCAGAGAAGGGUUCAUCAGAGCAUGAGGAGGGUGAGGGUGGUGAGGGCAGCACCAAGGCGUCGUCCCCAGGCUCCAGUAGCUCAGUGCCCCUGCCCUCCAUGUUGCUGGAGAGGAAGAUGGAGGCGUUAACUCUGGAGUGGAAUAAGAGUCCUGACAUGCUGUUUACCAUCCACCCCACCGACGGGUCCUUCCUGGUCUGGCACGUCAAAUACCUGGACGAGUACAUCCAGGGGAUCUUCAGACAGGUGCAGGUGUCGUUCUCGUCCCGUAUCCCGGUGGCGUUCCCUACAGGCGACGCCAACUCCCUGAGUAAGAACAUUCUGAUGUACGCCUGCUCCUUCUCAAACGUGGAUAGCUCCAACGCCGGGGGAGAGCAGGGGAGGAGGGCCCGCCGUCUGCCCCGUUCUGCCUCUGCUGGGCUGGGUUCCUCAGCCCUCAGCCUCUCUCUGGGCCAAGCUCCAGGCAUCGGCCCUGCUGUUAUGAUGGUGUCCAAACAUGUGGACGGGUCUCUCAAUCAGUGGGCGGUGACGUUCGCUGAGCGCUCGGCGUUCUCCAACGUUCUAACUGUGUCUCAUACGUUCCGUUACUGCGGUCACCGGUUCCACCUCAACGACCAGGCGUGUCACACCGUCCUACCCCUACUGCUGACCUCCUCCCACCACAACGCUCUCCUCACCCCUCCCUCCGCCCCCGGCAGCAUCGACCUCGACCAGCCACCCACACACACACCUCCCCCCAGAGGACGGCGCAGGAAGCAGCUGCGUAACGCGGCCACCAGGACGUUCCAUGACCCGAACGCCAUCUACAGUGAGCUGAUUCUGUGGAGGGUGGACCACAUAGGACCCCUAUCCUGCACUGGAGGAGUGUCAGAGCUGGCCCGAAUCAACUCCCUGCACACAUCAGCCUUCUCCAAUGUAGCAUGGCUGCCUACCCUUGUACCCAGCUCUGUGCUAGGUACAUACUGUAACAGUUCCAGUGCGUGCUUCGUGGCGUCAGACGGUAAGAACUUACGUCUCUACCAGGCUGUGGUGGACGCCAGGAAACUACUGGACGAACUGUCAGACCCUGAGACCUCAAAACUAGUAGGAGAGGUAUUUAACAUAGUGAGCCAGCAGUCGACAGCCAGACCAGGCUGCAUCAUAGAACUAGAUGUCAUCACUAACCAGUGUGGAUCUACCACCCAGCUCCUUCAUGUUUUCCAGGAGGACUUUAUUUUGGGGUAUACACCUCAGGAGGACCCAGAGCUCUACACUACAUCCUACCCUUCUCUCGAGGAGUACCACCCUACUCCGUUCUCUGAGAAGUUCUUCCUGGUUGUCAUAGAGAAGGACCUGAACAUGAACUCUGUGCUGCAGAUGUGGCACCUGCACCUCCAGUCCGUACAGGCCUGUGUGGAUGAUCCGGUCCCAGAGCGUUCUUACCAGUCUCAGCUGACGAUCCCGUUCCAACAGAGUACAGCUGACACGUCCCCCUCCCCUCUCCCUCGCUCAGCCUCCACAGCCAACCUGCAGUCAGCCAGCAAACUGAUCCUCAGCUCCAAGCUGGUCUGUAGCCACCGCCUGGACCUGCCUGUUGGGGUGGAGGUGACCAGGGCUACGCCCUCCGCAGGUCACCUGAGUUCGUCGUCCAUCUACCCUGUGUGUCUGGCCCCCUACCUGAUCGUCACCACCUGCUCUGACUCCCGCGUCCGUUUCUGGCGCUGUUCUGUGGAGGGGGGAGAGACAACCCUGGGGUGUGAGGAGGGGGAGAACAGGAUCUAUCACUGGGAGCCUUGGGCUCUACUCAACGAGGAGGAGGAUAACAACAGUGCUGUGUGUGUGCCGGGACGUCCUGUAGCCGUGUCCUGUUCCUACACUGGACGACUGGCUGUCUCCUUCAAACAGCCCCGGCCUGGACACAUCCCGGGACAGGGCCAUGGUCCAGCAGGGGACUUCUCCAUGCACGUGUCCAUCUUUGAGUGUGAGUCUACGGGGGGGUCUGAGUGGGUGUUGGAGCAGACUCUCCAUCUGGAUGACUUCACUAGGCCCUCCUCUACCCUGGACCCCAGAGUCAGUGUAGACUCCAACCUCUUUGUGUACAGCAGGUCUGACCUGUACAUGAGUCGCGACCACCACUCUCCCAACAUCAAACACUAUGUCCACCUGGACUGGCUGUCCAAAGAGGAUGGGUCUCAUAUCCUCACGGUGGGGGUGGGAUCCAAUAUCCUCAUGUACGGUCGCAUCUCGGGCGUUGUCAACGAACAGACCUCAAGCAAGGACGGGGUGGCGAUCAUCACCCUACCUCUAGGGGGCAGCAUCAAACAGGGUAUCCGUUCACGCUGGAUCCUGCUGCGCACUGUGGACCUGCUCUCCUCUGUAGACGGCACCCCCUCCCUGCCCGUGUCCCUGUCCUGGGUGAGGGACGGCAUCCUGGUGGUGGGUAUGGACUGUGAGAUGCACGUGUACGCCCAGUGGCGCCAGGACCGCAAGCCCGGUGAGGCAGAGGGGGACAGCCUCUCCUCUGAAGAUAACAUCGCCGGGGGGGUUGGAGGGGGCGGAGGGCAGACGGCCACCAAUGCAACCACGGGGGGAUCCUCGUUGGCGUUCAAGGGGCGCCCCCGGUCCAAGAGUGUGUUUGAGGGCAACGUGGCAAUCGACGAGGCUCUCCAGGCGCCGGCAGGGCUGCAUGAGGGGGGUCUGUUCGAGGCAGCCCACUCCCUGUCCCCCACCCUGCCUCAGUACCAUCCAACACAGCUGCUGGAGCUCAUGGACCUGGGGAAGGUCCGCCGCGCCAAGGCCAUCCUGUCCCACCUGGUGAAAUGUAUCGCUGGGGAGGUUGCUGUGGUGAGGGACGUGGAGGCAGGUGAGGGUGGAACCAGACGCCACCUGUCCCGGACAAUCAGUGUGAGCGGCAGUACGGCUAAAGACACCAUCGUGGCCGGCCGCGACGGGGGACGAGAUUACACAGAAAUCAACUCCAUUCCCCCUCUACCCCUCUACGCUCUGCUCUCUGCUGACCUGGACACCUCCUAUAAGGGAGGAGAGGAGGGGGCGAAGGGAGGCAAGGUGUCUGAGGUAGAGGGGGCGAGGAAGACAGGAGGAGAUCAGUACACAGACCUGUUCCAGUUGCAGGCUGUGACGACGGAUGACUUUGUGAGCUUCGCUACAGAGAAAGUAGAGAAGAAGUCUAGAUUCAUCAACCUGUCUCAGUACGGACCCACCUACUUCGGACCAGAACACGCACAGGUGUUAUCUAGUCAGCUGAUGCAUUCCAGUCUUCCAGGUCUGACCAGGUUGGAACAGAUGUUUCUGGUGGCUCUAGCUGAUACUGUAGCUACCACCAGUUCAGAGGUCAGCAGCUCCACUGACAAACAGUACACAGGUGGUGAGGCCCUGGAUGAGUGUGGGUUGAGGUACCUGUUAGCCAUGCGUCUACACACCUGUCUCCUCACCUCUCUACCCCCACUGUACCGCAUGCAGUUGCUGCACCAAGGUCUGUCUACGUGUCACUUUGCGUGGGCGUUCCACUCGGAGGCUGAGGAGGAGAUGUUGAAUAUGAUCCCGGCCAUGCAGAGAGGAGACCCUCAGUGGUCUGAGCUACGGGCUGUAGGGGUGGGCUGGUGGAUACGCAACAUCAACACACUACGCAGGAUGGUGGAGAAGGUGGGUAAAGCAGCGUUCCAGAGGAACAACGAUCCUUUAGAUGCAGCUCUGUUCUACCUGGCCAUGAAGAAGAAGGCUGUUCUCUGGGGCCUGUUCAGGUCUCAGCGUGAUGAGAAGAUGACGGUGUUCUUUAAGAAUAACUUCAGUGAGGACCGCUGGCGUAAAGCAGCUCUGAAGAACGCUUUCUCUCUGCUGGGGAAACAGCGCUUUGAACAGGCUGCUGCCUUCUUCCUGCUGGCUGGCUCCCUGAAAGACGCCAUCGAGGUGUGCUUGGAGAAGAUGGAAGAUAUCCAGUUGGCCAUGGUAGUAGCCAGGCUGUACGAGGCUGACUAUGAGAGCAGUUCCACCUGCCAAGCCAUCCUGUAUGAGAAGGUUUUGGGCUGCCAGAGGGACGGGUCAGGGUACCACUGCACCAAACUACACCCGGACCCAUUCCUACGCAGCAUAGCCUUCUGGAUCAUGAAGGACUACACCAAAGCCCUGGACACACUGCUAGAGUGCAUCCCCAAAGAGGAUGAUGAGAACCCAGAUGUGAUGGUGAAGUCGUGUAACCCAGUGGUAUUUAGUUUCUAUAACUACCUGAGGACACACCCCCUGAUCAUCCGCCGCCACUACGCGUCCCCUGAGGGUGCUGUGACAUCAUCACUAGGCCUCACCUCGGAGAAGAGCAGUGUCGACGAGAUCAACCUCAUCGAACGCAAACUCUUCUUCACCACCGCCAACGCACACUUCAAGGUGGGCUGUCCAGUGCUUGCCCUGGAGGUGCUCUCUAAGAUCCCCAAGGUGACCAAGAAGUCAGUCUCCUCAUCCCCCCUAAGUAAAGGCUCUUCCAUGGCCAAUGUCAGCUCUAGCCUGCCCCUGGAGAAUGGGAACCAGGGGGCCCUGGACUGGGCCUCUCCUGCCCCAGUUAAGGCCAAUCCUGCCUGGGGUACAGAGGAGAGCUCAGCCACACUGGACUGGAGCCAGCCUCUGGUCAAAGUGGAGGACGAUGGACUCCAGCUGGACUGGGGAGAUGAUAAGAACGAUGAAGAUGAUACUGAUGGGGGUCUGACAAUGAAGAAGACUGAUGUGGAGACCAAAGCUGACGAGGAUGCUACAUAUUUCCAGAACCAUCUCUGCUCUCAGGGUGAGUCUGAGGUGGACGUGAUUGCAGAGCAGCUGAAGUUCAGAGCGUGUCUGAAGAUACUGAUGACAGAGCUCAGGACGUUAGCUACGGGUUAUGAGGUGGACGGAGGGAAGCUGCGCUUUCAGCUUUACAGCUGGUUGGAGAAGGAGAUAGGGGCCAUGCACCGCAUCUGCAACUACAAGGUGACGGGGAAGGAGGAGAGCCAGGAGCUGGAGAGAUGGGAGGAUGGAGGAGUAGAGGACGUGUUUGAGGAGUCCCUGGGGGGUGGCGGAGGUACGGAGGCGGGGGCGUAUGAGCGCCACCAGCUGGGGCGUAGGCGUCUCGCAGCCAAGCAGCUUCAUGCUGAGAGGAGGAAGGCGUGGCUGAGGAAGAACCAGGCUCUGCUCCGAGUCUUCCUGUCCUACUGCAGCCUGCACGGAGCCAAGGGAGGGGGGGUCACCUCAGUACGCAUGGAGCUCAUCUUCCUGCUGCAAGAGAGCCAACAGGAGACUACAGUGAAACAGCUCCUCCCCCUGCCCCUCCCCACCACCCUCCCCCUCCUCUCAGCCAGUAUCGCCACCACCAAGACAGUGAUCUCCAACCCUGUCCUCCACCUUAGCAACCACAUCCAUGACAUCCUUCACACCAUCACACAGAUGGAGCUGCCUCCACACCCUGACCUCAUGGACGACAGGGUGAAUCUCCUGCACACCCUGGCUGCCUCUCUGUCUGCCUGCAUCUAUCAAGCCCUGUGUGACAGCCAUAGCUACAGCAGCCAGGCAGAGGCCAAUCAGUUUACAGGGAUGGUGUACCAGGGCCUGCUGCUGAGUGAGAGGAGACGGUUACGCACAGAGAGCAUCGAGGAGCAUGUUACACCCACCUCUGCCCCCGCGCAGUGGCCAGGUGUGUCCUCUCUGAUUGCUCUGGUUCAGUCAGCUCAGGGCGAGGAUCAGCCCAAGCUCAACGUGUUGCUGUGUGAGGCUGUGGUGGCAGUUUACCUGUCCCUGCUCAUCCAUGGGUUGGGCAUGCACGCUGGCAACGAACUAUUCCGCCUCGCUGCUCACCCCCUCAGCAACAAGAUGUGGGCGGCCGUGUUUGGGGGUGGGGCUAAAAUCAUCAUCAAACCGAAACGGAACGCCGAGAUCACUCCAGCCGUGCCAGCCCCUCCCCCGGCAGAGGAUGUGGAUCGACUCAGACGACGGUUUAAUAUGAGGAUGCUGGUUCCUGGUCGUCCAGUAAAGGAGGUCCCUGCCACCCCCCCUCCCGUCCCUGCAGAGAGACCCGCCUACAGGGAGAAGUUCAUUCCUCCAGAGCUCAGCAUGUGGGACUACUUUGUGGCCAAACCCUUCCUGCCCCUGUCAGACAGUGGAGCUCUGUAUGACUCAGAUGAGAGCGGAGAGGAGGAUGACGACGACGAUGAUGAUGAUGCUUUCCUCUCUGACACACAGAUGACUGAACACUCUGACCCCAACUCAUACAGUUGGUCUCUGAUCCGUCUGGUCAUGGUGAAACUGGCUCUACAUAACGUCAAGACCUUCCUCCCUCUCACUGGACUGGACUUCACAGACCUGCCGGUGACGUCUCCUCUGGGGAAUGCUGUGCUGAAGACACUAGAGAACUGGGAGACCCAACUCCAGGAGAGGAUGAACAAGUUUGAUGGUCCUCCUCCCAACUACAUCAACACCUACCCCACUGACCUCAGCACAGGAGGGGGGCCCGCCAUACUGAGACACAAGGCCAUGCUGGAGCCUGACAACACACCUUUCAAGAAUAAGAACCACAUUUCGUUCCCUGCGAGGCGUCUCUGGCACUACCUGGUGAAACAGGAAGUUCUUCAGGAGACUCUGAUUCGCUAUAUCUUCACUAAGAAGAGGAAGCAGAGCGAGUGUGUUGAAGGCUAUAUGGAUCUCCUCAGCCCAAACUGUGUAUCUGGAGCUCUCAGGUCCAACAAGGUGGAGGGAGACUUAGGCUACCCAGGAAGGAAUGCUAAGAUCAUCCACAAGGAGUCUGACAUCAUCAUGGCCUUCGCCAUCAACAGGGCUAACACCAAUGAGAUAGUGCUGGCGUCCACUCACGACGUGCAGGAGGUUGAUGUGUCCACUCUGUUAGCUGCUCAGCCCUACACCUGGAUAGGAGAGGACUUUGACAAGGAGUCACACAGUUCUGAUGACGUGGACUACCGUUCUUCCCACACUAACGUUGCCCAGGCCUCCUCUACCCCGUCCCACUUCAACCCCAAAGACAUGGCAGCCUCUGCAUCCAUGCCCUGGCUGGGGAGUGGGCAGACCAGCAUGGGUGCUAGUGUGAUUAUGAAGAGGAACCUGAACAAUGUGAAGAGAAUGACCUCCCACCCCAUAUUCCAGUACUAUAUGACUGGGGCUCAGGACGGCAGUGUCCGUAUGUUUGAGUGGAACAGGCCACAGCAACUCAUCUGCUUCAGACAGGCAGGCAAUGCCAGAGUCACACGCCUCUACUUCAACUCACAGGGAAACAAGUGUGGUGUAUCAGAUGGAGAAGGCUUCCUCAGUCUGUGGCAGGUCAACCAGACCUCCUCCAACCCCAAGCCCUACGUGAGUUGGCAGUGCCACUCUAAGACCUGUGGUGAUUUUGCCUUCAUCACUUCCUCCAGUCUCAUCGCAACGGCAGGACAGUCCAACGACAGCAGAAAUGUCUGCCUGUGGGACACUCUUAUUUCACCUAGUAACGCCAUGGUACAUGCCUUCCCGUGCCAUGAGAACGGUGCGACGGUGUUGCAGUACGCUCCCAAGCAGCAGCUGCUGAUCUCGGGAGGCAGGAAGGGCUUUGUGUGUGUGUUUGACAUCCGACAGAGACAGCUGCUACACACCUUCCAGGCCCACGACUCAGCCGUCAAAGCCCUGGCGCUCGACACCUCCGAAGACUUCUUCGUAACCGGCUCGGCUGAGGGGAACAUGAAGGUGUGGAAGCUGGCAGGCCAUGGCCUCAUGCACUCGUUUAGCACAGAGCAUGCCAAGCAGUCCAUCUUCCGGAACAUCGGAGCAGGCGUCAUGCAGGUGGAGACCCGCCCCGGCAACCGCAUAUUCACCUGCGGCGCCGACGGAACCCUCAAGAUGAGGGUUCUACCCGACCGCUACAACAUCCCCUCUAGCAUCUUCGACAUUCUGUAGACCCCAAACCACUUCCUGUACUGUCUGUAGAGAGGUCAUCUGAUUGGUUAGUGGUUGAACGUUGAAACUAUAACCAAACUUUCACUGGAAUAUUCAACAUCUUGUAGAAACGUAAAUACCUGGAAGUGGUAUGUCUAAAUGGCGGUGGAUAGGAAGGAGUAAGGUUGAAAGAUUAACCAAACUUUCUUUCACUAGUAUAACAUUGUGUAGAGAGCCUAGACUUGUGUGAGAGAGACGAAGAGGGAUCGGGGUAAAGGUUCAGAUAGAUCACUAGGUAUAUUACACUGCUGGAUAGGCUAGUUGAGAGGGCUCUAAUGAUAUGUGUGACGGAGAGGUGAAAGGUUGAGAGAUGACCAAGGUUUCAGCAGCUUUGAGAGAGCAACAGAGAGAGUACGGUACGGUAUGACUUUACCUAGAGGAAAUCCUAUCAGAAAAGUUCAAUUGAGCUGUGAAUAUUUUUUUCUUUCCCAGAGCCUAAAAGCCUGUAUUAAAACGUAAAGACAGGUUCCAUACUUGAUUUUAACAGUUAGAUUUCCUAUCAUUUUAAAAGCGGCUGCUGGACGUUUACGAGUGUGUCAGUCCAUAUGAAAGCUAUGCAUGACUUCCUGUUCUCGUUUUAAGCGGUGCAAUCACAUGGUUUAUUGAUAUGACAGUGCUCUGUACAAGUGCUCAAACUCUUCUAAAGUGUGUAUCUGUUGUCAUUUUGUGCCCAUAAGCUGAAAAACUCUCUUAGCAUCUACAUUAACCAGCACUGUGGUUCCUUUAGUCAGUCAGUCAGUGGUCUGGUGGGACUCUGAAGUUGUUGAUCUGCAUUUUGUUGAUCUGGUUUCAUCCUCUUCAUCCCCUGGCUAAUCUCACUGUUAAUGACAACGUUUAGUGGCACACUAUCCCCAUAGUGACCCCAUCCCAUAACACUGGCUGCCCAGUGACUCGCUAGCCUACUCCAUCGAUUGAUCUAUGGAUUGAUUGAGCCUAGCAGCUAUGUGAUCACACCUCUGUGUAUCUGCCGCCCGCCUGCCGUCAAAAGCCUGUUUGUGCGGCAGCAGCGGCCUCACUGCUACAACCUUGUGUUUGGAAGAUGGUGUGUUUUGAUCCUGUGACUGUGUGUAGUCUAUAUGUCUCAUCUGUCUGUUCCACUGAAUACCCCCCCUCCCUCCCCCGAGAAGAAAGAAACACAUGGGGUCUGUUAUGUUCUGUAUGGGUCUGUUAUGUUCUGUAUGGGUCUGUUAUGGUCUUAUGUUCUGUAUGGGUCUGUUAUGUUCUGUUAUG